AGGGAGCCGACUCAGCCGAGCUGCAGUCGUACUAGUCGUCUAGUCGACAGUGCGGUUUGGCUUUCGGCAGCAGAGGAUGUGUGUGUUGGUGACUGAUACUACUGUCAUUCGCCCUCUUAGUGAUGUUGUUUGACUUUAAUAACUUCACGUGGGAUUGUGUGCACAUGAUAAAGCAUAUGUACAGGUAGAUGCUUCAAGGAGACCUCAUCAGUAUUUCAGCAGGGCGUCAUUAAUAGCAGACUAGACGAUAUCGUACUCUUCGGCGUCUUGUGUGUCUGGGCACCUCGUCCUCAGUUUUCGCCGCCAUCACCGGAGUGUCGUCCAGGGACCGGCCCCCAGGCGACAAUUAUAGCUGCUAUUGGGGCUUUACCUCAACUCUUCCAUGUGAGGCAGCAUGUCUAAGGAUGCAUACUACCAGUUUGGACCACCAGGCGGUAAACCUGUGGAUGGGCUAAACCUUCCUUCCUUCCCAACAACAUCCUAUUGGUACAAUGCCCACUCCUCUGUUGGGAGCUCUUUCUACUCUAACACUGAAACCACUGGAACUCCUCCAUUCAAGGGACAGCAACGUGUUGAUGCCAAAUUAUCAGAAAAUGAAAGAGAACCUUUGGAAUGGUGGACAGAUGGCAUAUGCUUAGGCAAUCAACCAAAAAAUUUUGAUGGCCAGUAUUGGGGAGGACAUGCAACUGAACGAGGGUAUGCACCACCAAAUGAUCAGAGUGAGGUUGGGUCAGAAUUUGAACCAUCUGAUCAGCCAUUAGUACUACUAAGUUGCAACGCUGCUGACUGCCAGGAGGGUUAUAGCAGUCCAGAGUUUAUGAGUACUGUGGACAUUCCCAGACAUGAGCUGGAUGAAAGUUCGUUAUGCUCAGAUUCCGUCAGCAGCCAGGAAUACUCGCCAGCUAGCAGCAACAGUAAUUCUGUAAUCAAUAAAAAGCAUAGUCCAGAACCACCAACAGUUGCAGAUGAACACAAAAGGAGUCAGAAGAGACAGAAAAAGGAGGCCAAAGAGAAGGCCAAGGAAGACAAAAGAUGUGGAGUGUGUGGUGAUGCAGCAAGAAGUAUGCACUUUGGAGGGAUGGCAUGUGACUCGUGUAAAGCAUUUUUCAGACGGUCUGUGCAGAGUGGUGCCUACAAAAGUUUCCAGUGUCCUGAAAACAAAACUUGUCCCAUCUCAAAGCAGAACAGGAAAGUCUGUCAGUAUUGUAGGUUUAAGAAAAGUCAAGAGAAUGGUAUGGAAAUCAACUGGGUGAUGUCAGAAACUGACCGCAUGGUGCUCUGGAAGAACAGGCUAGCCAAACAGCGCCACGUCCAAGAAGAGAAGAUUAAGGAAGAAGUUUACGGAGAUUUGCCACGAUCAUUGAACCCUAAGGAAGCAGAUGUAUUGAGGAAUCUCGUUGCUCUUCAGGAGUCAACAUUUAAAUCCAUUCCUUACCCAGAGGACUGUUAUGGUGACAGCAUAGAAGCAUUAGCAAACCUUUUUGUGUGUAUAUGUAAAAAAUUAGGGAUGUUCUAUUACAAAGUUGAAGACUUUCAAGACGUUUGUAAGAUAGACCAGUCCCUUUUAUUGAAGAAUGGGAUUGGCAUGUCAAUAUACCUCCAUGGUGCCUAUAUGUAUGAUUAUGAAAAUGAAAUGUGGCCCUCAGAUUGUAAUAAAGAAGCUUUGAAGAUUCCACCUAUCUCCAUGACCACCCUUCGAAAGUUUACAGUUCUGCCUGAGGCUUUUGAUGCCAUUAUGAAAUUCUACAACAAAUAUGCUAAAGAGCUGAAAGAUGAAAUCCUUUUAGUACUAAUUUGUUUAAUUGCAUUCUUUCAGCCAGAUGAUCCACAGUUUCAGAAUCCUCAAAAGAUUCAGGAGAUUCAGCUAAAAUACCUGGAACUUCUCCGACGUUACCUAAAAGCUAAAGAAGGUGAUAUUGGUGUGAAGAUUACUUUUCCAAAGCUUCUUGUUGGACUUGCAGAUGUUAAGGAGAUACUGGAAUUUCAUAGUAAAGUAGACAUCAAACCAACAAUAAACCACCAGAAGAUCUCUACACACUCAACUGUAAAGAACCAAAUGUUGGCAGUGAGUGAAUUAUUUAAAAAGGCUUCUCAAGGACUGCUUCCAGAAUUUGCAUCCGUUUUAGCCGUCUCAGAAAAAAGGCAGCCUCUAUGGCAAUGCACUUCUGCUGUUGGAAGAAGAAAGCGGCAGAGUACAAGUGUUGUUGUUCAUGGAGAACAAUUUUACCAUCCUCAAACUAAUAAAAUAUUUGGUGCUGACCCAAGAACUGAUACGAUUAUCACUAAUCCAAUGGAGCAAAUAGAUCAGUUUAUAAGGAAACAUAAGUUACCCAGUGUACAAAUUAAUGAGGUUAUAGAAUACAAAGACAAUUAUGGAAGUUCGAAAGAUUACAAAAGAAGACUGUUAGAUAUAGAACCGGAAAGAACAACAAACAUGGGUGAUCAAUGUCAUUCAGACAGACAAUUGCAACUUGUGCCAAAAGACAAAAAUGGGGUGUAUAAUCAGCCUGAUUCAGUGGACAAGAAGAAAGCAGUUGAAGUUUUGUGUGAUAUCUUGCAACAUAUCUCAUGUGCUGAUAAUGAAGACCUUAUUCAGUCAUUAAAGCAAAACUUGUCACCACACCUCUUGACAAGUCUAGCUCAAAAGUUGUCACCUUAGCAGAACUGUAGAUGUAAUGGUUACUUUUAAACUUUUGGUGACAUUCUUUAAAAAAAAAAAUGUGAAAUAUGCUACAAAUGUAAUUUGAAAUUAUAAUAGGCUGUAAUGUAUUUAAGUUUAAAUGUGAUGAAAUUAAUAGCCAGUGUCUUCUACAAAGUAGCAUUGAUUGUGUUAUGGUUGUCACUCGGGUCACUUGUACUCAUGUACCUGCUUUAAUAUCACUUUAGUCUCGGUUUUGUACAUGACUUACUUCUGUUGCAUUUAAAGAGUUUGUGAUGCACAUAAUUUAUUGCACGCUUCUUUAUCCAAAUAAAAUAUCGGACAGCUAUA